AUCUUUGUUGUCAGUUUGUCUGUUGCAGACCUUGUAGUUGCAGUUUAUCCAUAUCCUCUGAUCUUGAGUGCCAUUUUCCAUAAUGGAUGGACCAUGGGAAACAUGCACUGCCAGAUAAGUGGGUUCCUGAUGGGCUUAAGUGUCAUUGGGUCCAUUUUCAACAUCACAGCGAUUGCAAUCAACCGCUACUGCUACAUCUGCCACAGCCUUCGGUACGAUAAGCUCUUCAACCUGAAGAACACCUGCUGCUAUCUCUGCCUGACCUGGAUACUCACAGUAGUGGCAAUUGUGCCAAACUUCUUUGUUGGCUCCUUGCAGUAUGACCCCCGGAUUUACUCCUGCACCUUUGCCCAGACAGUGAGUACAUCAUACACCAUCACAGUGGUGGUGGUUCACUUCAUUGUCCCACUGUCCAUCGUGACGUUUUGCUACCUACGGAUCUGGAUUUUGGUAAUUCAGGUCAAACACCGGGUAAGACAAGAUUGCAAGCAGAAGCUCAGAGCAGCUGACAUCCGGAAUUUCUUGACUAUGUUUGUGGUUUUUGUGCUUUUCGCUGUGUGCUGGGGACCAUUAAACUUUAUUGGCCUUGCUGUUUCAAUUAAUCCUUCAAAAGUGCAGCCACAUAUUCCAGAAUGGCUUUUUGUCUUGAGCUAUUUUAUGGCCUAUUUUAACAGCUGCCUCAAUGCUGUUAUCUAUGGGCUUCUUAACCAGAAUUUCCGGAAGGAGUACAAAAGGAUACUGCUGGCACUCCGGACUCCCAGGUUGCUGUUCACCGAUGCAUCCAAGGGUGGGACGGAAGGGAUGAAAAGCAAGCCGUCUCCAGCCGUAACAAACAACAAUAACCAAGCGGAAAUACACUUAUGAGUCCCAACAGUACUAUUUAUUCUGGAUUACAGUUGUAUAUAUAAUAUAAAAGAGCCUUUCUAUGUGUGCAUUUCACAGCUGGUGUUGCUGGGCCUCAUGCAAGGAAGGAGUCUGCUACCUUGCAUGCUUAAUUAUUGCUGUGACAUCAGGGCUUUGAGUAAGGAAUGUCAGAACAGAAAAGACUGAUCUUUAUUUUAUUUUCUUUUUUCAUAUGCUAUCUUUCACCAUGUGCCUAGCUAGUAAGUUUGGUUGCUUUUGCCACAAACAUGCCAAUACCCUCGGAAAGGGAAACGUUCAGAGUGCAUGGAGAAAUAGUUAUGCUUGAAAUGCAGCCUUCAAGAACUAGCAAAAUUCCCAUGAGUUACAACAAACCUUUCCUCCCUCCCUCUGAAUUCUAUUCACCCCAGACUAUAGCAAACAGAGUGUAAACUGCAUGACUUUUAACCUUUUCAGUUAGGUAACAGUAUUAGCCAGCAGGCAUACAUACUGGCAUGAUGACUUCCACUGCAUGUGCAUUUGUUUUUAUUUUCUCUUAAGCUUUAGAAGCCAGCCUGGGCUAGGUGUGAGGCAGGCAUUUUAAUUGAAUAUCUACAGAUAUUAAAUACCCUUGCACUCUCCUCCAGGUCAUGACUAAAACAUAUGAUGUAAUCUGAAUGCAGGAAAAUACUUGGAGCCUGAUUCUAAUUUAGGCAGUGUCUUAUCAUGGCCUGCAUUCAUUCCAAACAUCUUUCAGAAGUCCCUGCUACAUGAACAUCAUAAAAAAGAUGAACAUAGCAGAAUCCCAUCUGUUUAAUGCAGAUGCCGGCUUUUAAGUUCCAGGAAUAUUUA